GAAGAUGGUGCGGUGGGUGUGUCCGCAUCACUUUAGCAUUUGAUCCAGGAAGUAACCUGCGGUGUGUUUUUCCCUAAAAGUUACAAAUAGUGCCGGCCGGGGCCGCGUUAAUGGUAAACUCUGGUUUCCCCCAUGGCGGACUCUUUGGACAGGUCGACGAAAGUCAGCCUGUUGAAGGAGUCGCUUUUAAAGAAGCUCUGCGAAGUGUUGGAUAAAUCCAGCAGCAAAGGAUGGCGAAAACUCGGAGAGAUCGUGAGCGUUGACAAGCGCUUCAAAGUCAGCUCUGAUGACAUGGAGAUGUGCUCCCUGAGGGUGCUGGAGGUGGAGGGCAGCCCCAGCCUCAUGCUGCUGAGGCUGAUGGGAGAGCGAGGCUGCACAACAGGCCACCUCAUCGACUACCUGCAGACUCUGGGCAACUCGGAGGCCCUGCAGUGCCUGAAGCCACCAGCCCUACAGAUCUUAAUCCAGCCCCAGUCUGUUGCUCUAAUAUGUGGCCACAAUCUGCGCCUCAGCUGCCACGCGGUGGGAAAAUCUCCUGUCCACUAUCAGUGGUUCAAGUCGAGGGAGGAGGUGCCAAACAGCUGCACCCCGGACCUGGUCAUCAGUCCUGUCCUCCUGAAGGACGCCGGCUUCUACAUCUGCAGGGUCCACAGUGGGGACGCCUGUGAGUUCAGCCAGUGGGCCCAGGUGGACGUCCUGAACGUGGGCGUGUCUUACGGUCAGAGCUACCAGUCGUUGGACGGGCGGCUGAAGGUGGUUCUGCAGCCCGGGGCCCAGCGGCUGCACGCCGGGGAGACCCUGCAGCUGGAGUGUGGCGCGGUGGGCCGGCCCCUCCCCCGAUACCAGUGGCACAGAAACGGGGUCCCCGUCCCAAACCUCACCAAGAGGAAGCUGACGAUCCCCCACGUGACGCAGGACCACCAGGGCCGGUAUCGCUGCGAGAUCAGCAGCAGCGCCGAGAGGAUGUGGACCAACGAGGUGGACGUUCUGAUCGAUGACAUGUACGCGAUGGGUGGAGGCUUCAGUGAAUUUGCAGUAAAUGGUAUUCCAGAGCAGCUGCAUGCGACUGACAAAGUGGCCCUGCUGAUCGGCAACCUGUCCUAUCAGAACCACCCGCAGCUCAAAGCCCCCAUGGUGGACGUCUACGACCUCACCAACCUGCUGCGGCAGCUCAACUUCAAAGUGGUCUCGCUGCUGGACCUCACAGAGUCGGAGAUGAGAAACGCCGUGGACGAGUUCCUGCUUCUGCUCCACAGGGGCGUUUACGGCCUGCUCUACUACGCCGGGCACGGAUACGAGAACUACGGAAACAGUUUCAUGGUGCCGGUGGACGCGCCAAACCCGUAUCGGUCGGCCAACUGUCUGUGCGUGCAGAGCAUCCUAAAACUGAUGCAGGAGAAGGAGACGGGCCUCAACGUUUUUCUGCUGGACAUGUGCAGGAAGAGAGUUUUCUGUCCUGAUGAGGGGUUCCUCGUUUGUUCUACUGAGAAGCUGACGUCAAUUUCCUCGUAUUCUAGGAACAUUCACGAUGACAGCGCUCCGAACAUUGUUCUGAGAGUGACGGCCAACAUCGUUUUCGGCUACGCCACGUGCCAGGACGCAGAGGCCUUCGAGCUGAGCUCCACUGGCUUCACCAACGGCGUCUUUGUCAAGUUCUUAAAGAAACGGCUGCUGGACGACGAGAAGAUCACCGUGGUGCUGGACAGAGUGGCCGAGGACAUGGGUCAGUUCGAUGCCACGAAGGGCAAACAGGCCCUGGAGAUCCGCUCCAGUCUGUCGGAGCGGAGGGCGCUGACGGAUCCGGUCCAGCCCGGGGACUGCGCCGACCUGGCUCACGCCCACAGCCGCCAGUGGGCGAAAGCUCACGAGCUUCCUGAAAGCAUGUGCCUCAACUUCGAUUGCGGGGCUCAGAUCAAGUUGGGUUUCGCUGCCGAGUUCUCCAAUGUGCUUGUGAUCUACACUCACAUCAUCAAGAAGCCUGAGGACAUGUCCUUCUGCCAGGCUCACGUCACCGACUUCUCCCAGGACCUCGAUGUGGACCCCAAAGAGAUGAACAGAGAGACCCCAGAGGAGACGGGGAUCUACCUGCUGUCCAGCAGCCUCCCCCAGCACUGCCUAUACACCCGACUCAGCUCGCUGCAGAAGCUCAGGGAGGAGCUGGUCUUCACCGUGUGCCUCCAGGGUGCCUUCACGGCCAUGGACGACGACGACCCCGUCCACUGGACCAAAUCGGUCAGCAUCGGGAAGCCGCUGAUCGCUCGGCUGGACCUCCACCGGGCCGUGCGGCGGAACAGCUGCCUGCAGACGUGCCCGAUGCCCCACAGCCCGUCCCACAGCCCCUGCCACAGCCCGGGCCCCGAGCACCACCUGCACCUGUACCAGGGGCCGCUGCAGGCCCAGGACCUCAGCCGCCUGUCCCCGCAGCACCACUACCUGGACGCCCCCGACCCCCCGCCGCCGGGGGGCGUGUCCGCCUACGACCACCUCGCCCACUGCGGAUACGAGCCGGCGCACGGCUCCGGAGGGAGUCCGGGCUCACCAGGCAGGUUCAGCAUCCCCAUCGAGGCCAGCGACGACAUCAACGAGCUCCAGACCGUUUUCAUCAACAGCCUGCAGCUGCAGCCGCAGUGAAGCCGGGAGACUCAGCUUUUCCAGCCACCUUGUUCUCUCAUUUUGACGUUUAUAGGAAAUAUUUGUGUCAAAUGCCCAUCAAGCUGACUUUCUCCCAUGCCAUAAAUACAGUGGGGGAAAUAAGUAUUU